AUGUCGAGAUAUUCGCUACGACAGACGCCUCGUAAGAAGGAACUCUUCGACGGCAUGAUCGAGACUCCGACUGCGUCGCGGCGCUCGUCGCGUCGCCAAUCCUCCUUCCCUCCCGAGCUGUCUGACCAAGACAACGACUCCAGCUCGGCCGCCGAGACGUCCACCCGCUCGCGAUCGAUCCGUCGGCGCACCACGGCCAAGUUUUCCGAGCACCUCGACGAGGAGGAUGAGCAGCAGCAGCCCGUGAAGCCCGCGCCCGCCACCAACGGCCACACCAGCGCGCCCCAGGCCGCCAACGGCGCGGCCAAGGCCACUAAUGGCUCGGCCAAGGAGAAGUCGCAGGUCAAGGCCGGCGUCUCUGUCGACCCCAACGUGGUUGACGGCUGGCGGCUCGGACAGGACCCCAAGAAGGACUACUCUGGCGAGUUCGAGUUCGGCGGCUCCCUGGGCACCGCGUUCCUCAUGUUCUUCUUCCCCGUCCUCAUGUGGUACAUGUGGAUCGGCGCGACCUACUACGACGGCAAGUUUCCCACGCGGACGCCUGGCCAGACCUGGCCGCAGUUCGCCGCCCAUCUCGUCAACCUCGUCUACACCGGCGCGUUCCCCCACCUCAAGGCCUGGGCCUGGUAUUGGUCCUACCUCAUCUUCCAGGGUGCCUGCUACUGCCUCCUGCCCGGCGUCUGGGGCUGGGGCAAGCCUCUGCCGCAUGAGAACGGCAAGCAGCUCAAGUACUACUGCAACGCCUACGUCAAUCUCUACUUCACCCUCGCCAUCCUCGCCGUCCUCCACUUCAGCGGCAUCUGGAAGCUGUACCAGGCCAUUGACGAGUUUGGCCCCCUUCUGUCGGUUGCCAUUCUGAGCGGCUUCCUCGUCAGCAUCGUCGCCUACGUCUCUGCCAUCUACAGGGGCAAGCAGCACCGCAUGACCGGCCACGUCAUCUAUGACUUCUUCAUGGGCGCUGAGCUGAACCCCCGCAUGUUCGGAAUCCUCGACUUCAAGAUGUUCUUCGAGGUCCGCAUGCCCUGGUACUUCCUGCUCAUCCUGAGCUUGGGCGCCGCCGCUCGGCAGUACGAGCGCUACGGCUACGUGUCUGGCGAGGUUUGGUUCCUCGUCAUGGCCCACUACCUGUAUGCCAACGCAUGCGCCAAGGGCGAGGAGCUCAUCAUCACCACCUGGGACAUGUAUUACGAGAAGUGGGGCUUCAUGCUCAUCUUUUGGAAUUUGGCCGGCGUUCCCCUGUCGUACUGCCACUGCACCAUAUACCUGGCUAAUCACCACCCGUCCGAGUACCACUGGAACCGCUUCGCCUUGGCUGCCAUGUUCGCCGCCUACCUCUUCUGGUACUGGGUGUGGGACAGCUGCAACAGCCAGAAGAACCGCUUCCGCGCCAUGGAGAAGGGCAAGCUCGUCUUCCGCAAGAGCUUUCCUCAGGUUCCCUGGCAGACGCUGCACAACCCCAAGACGAUUGAGACGCCGCAGGGCACCAUCCUCGUUGACGGCUGGUACGGUCUGGCUCGCAAGAUUCACUACACGGCCGAUACCUGGUUCGCCAUCUCGUGGGGCUUGAUUACUGGCUUCAAGAGCCCCUUCCCGUGGUUCUACCCGCUCUUCUUCGUCUGCAUGAUUGCUCACCGAGCGAGCCGCGACAUCACCCGCUGCCGUACCAAGUACGGCGAGGCCUGGCGCGAGUACGAGCGACGCGUCCCGUACCUGUUCAUUCCUUACGUCAUCUAA